UAUGUUUCCACUGAGCAAAGUAACGGAGAUAAGCCACGCCCCCACAACGACGCGUAUGACGGGGCUAAACCACAAACAGUCGGGCUAGUAAACUCACGCGAGGAAGCGCUGUCAGUUCUGUUUGUGACGGGUUCACACACACAUGCUGACCAAUGGAUCUCCAGGACCUUUCCAGGACUUUAAACCAAAUUUCCACGAUUAAACAUUUUGUGAAAACUCUGUGUAUACAUGAACAAGGAAUAACCAUCGUGAAGCCCAUUGUGUUUGGGAACGUUGCCCGUUACUUUGGGAAGAAGAGAGAGGAGGAUGGACACACACACCAGUGGUCUGUUUAUGUGAAGCCUUACAAAAAUGAGGAUAUGUCUGCUUUCGUAAAGAAGAUCCAGUUCAAGCUUCAUGAGAGCUAUGGUAACCCUCUGAGAGUGGUGACCAAGCCUCCAUAUGAGAUCACAGAGACGGGUUGGGGAGAGUUUGAGAUCAUCAUCAAGAUCUUCUUCAUUGACCCCAAUGAGAGACCUGUGACUCUGUACCAUCUGUUGAAGCUGUUCCAGUCAGACUCCAGUGCAAUGCCGAAGAAGACGGUUGUCUCUGAAUUCUAUGAUGAAAUGAUCUUCCAGGAUCCUACGGCCAUGAUGCAGCAGCUGCUGACGACUUCAAGACAACUCACCCUGGGUGCAUACAAGCAUGAGACCGAAUUCAAUGAGCUGGAACAGAGGACCAAGGAGAAGAUGGAGGCAGCAAAGAAGAGAACCAGCCAGGAGAUUACAGAGCUGAAAGACAAACUAAAAGCCAGCAGAGAAAACAUCAACCACCUCAAGGCAGAUAUCAGGAAACUGGAGGAGGAUGUCGACCACAAGGACCACUGAGACAUGGAAAAAUGCACACAGUGAUAAAAAAUGAAAAAGUGACAUUUUAUAAUAUUGUUCUUUAAAAAAAAACGUUUACACUGUCACUCAAUAUCACAAACUCAGAAGACAUAAGUAUCCCCCACAAUUUACCGUUGAACUGAAAAAAAUAUAUGUUAGAACUGUGUUGUAUUGUCAGCGUUGCUUGUGGCUGAGAAAAUGACGUUAUUCACCUUUCAUGGUGUGUUUUUUCUACCCACACAUUGCUGGAUCACCUGGCUGUAAGUCAAGAAUGUCAAAAUAUAUGUAAUUUUCUGAAAUGUUUUUCAACAUUAACCCUAUCCAGUCAUCUUGAUGACAGUGAUCCUGUUUUGAAGGCUUUUUCAUGCAUCACUCUGAAGUCAAUCAGCCAAUGCCACUGAGUAUCCCUAAAGUGUCCACAACACGCCUGAUGAGAUAUCAACGUUCUGAAUAAGAAAAGCUCAUUUCUUGUGUUUUUAUUUGUAUUUACUGAUCUUUCAGUUUUCCAUAUAAAGUUUAAAUGUUUUCAGG